AUGGGAUUCUUGUCCAUGGUCGAUCGCAUCUACACCCUUCCUUCCGCCGUCUCGCUAGGGUUGUAUCUUGGAGCUCAGGGAUUGUUCGUUUGGAGCCAGCCGAAUAUUCGGGCCGCUCUUCUAGCCAUCUGCACAGCGGCGGUCCGCGAUGGUCCUACGCUGCGCAGAGAUUUCGGGUUGUUUUCCCCUGGGAAAGGGAUCAGUACGGUCGCUGCGUAUCUUGUGCCUGCUGCCCUUGGAAUGCUGCUCAACCCUACAUACAGCCACUACGUCUACAAGCCGGCAGUGUUGGCCUUCAAGUGGGCAUGGGCCGAGACCAUUCCACUCGUGCUUUCAGGACUUUGGAGACGGGAUCUUACCUCGUGGGUAAUGGCCGCGGCCGCUGUCUAUUUCCGAUACGACUGGAGACUGGUUGCUCUUGUGGCGGUACGUCGGAUGUACCCCAUCUGGAUCAAGUCGACGGCUUUGAGGCGGCGUCUCGAACCCAAUGCUCCGCUCUACCGGUACCAAAAGAUUACAUCGCCAAGGACAAUCCGUUUGCUCAAGAUCCAGCCUCGGCUUUUCGGAUUGAGCUUCUCGCUUGUUAACUAUCAGCUCGAUACAGACAAUCCCGCCAGCUAUGAGGCCGUCUCGUACCGGUGGGGAAGCGGUGAAAGGACGAGGAUCGUCGAGAUUGAUGGGAAGGUACUACCAAUCCCUGCGAGCGCCUACGACAUCCUUUGGGGACGGGCGUCAGUCUGGCGGACGCGGCUGAUGUGGAUCGAUGCUAUUUGCAUCAACCAAGACGACAAGGACGACAAGAACCAGCAGGCCGGCCUGAUGCGGGACAUUUACGACAGGGUGACACGGACCUUCAUCUGGCUCGACAAAGCGACGGACGCCUGGGCGGCGGCCUGUUUCGCUUAUAUUUUCUUGAUGGAUAUGAUGGCCGAGAAUGGUAACGGACGGUCCGAUCUCGAUGUCACUGUCGCUCAAUUCGGGUUGAAGAGAAUCAGAGACGGUAACCCCAAGUGGGCGGCCCUGAAGCGGAUGCUUGAGAAUCCCUACUGGUCGCGCGUGUGGAUUGUGCAGGAGAUUGUGGUAUCGCACCAGGUCGACAUCUUCUACGGCGGUAGGUGGUUCGACUGGGGAUUGUUUGCACCCAUCGUCAGCUCGCUCAAGGACGAGUCUGCCAGUGGUCUGCUGCAGAAACUGGACCAGUCCGAGGGCAUGGCGACGCCGCCAUUCCGAGCCAUUCAUCAAAUCCAGUCAAUCGAGAGGUUGCGAGCGGACUACCAAGCAGGCAUCAAGUGGCCUCUAGACCAGAUCUUAAUCAAUUUCAGCAUCUCCCAAGCAACACUCGGGCUAGACCACGUUUUUGCCUUUCAUGGUAUCAGCACAGCUGUGAAGGACCAUGCCCUCGUGCCGGAUUAUAAAAGACCCACGCUUGAUGUUUUCAAGGAAACAACACUGCACUCCAUGGCCCAGCCCACGUCCCUGAUGAUACUAUCCAUGGCCGGAAUUGCUCGAGCAAGGGAAAGUCCUGACUGGCCGAGUUGGAUCCCUGAUUUUCAACUGAUUUCUCAACUCGACCCUCCGAUGCCCCGUUCCCUUUAUUCCUACGCACCGUACGUGGCGGGUGGCGGACUCAGGCCGUCCUUCUCAGACAUUCAGACUAGCAAUGAGGUUGCCAUUCGUGGCAUAUUGAUUGAUGAGAUUAGCGCCAUCACUGAGCUUAGACCCGGAGACAUAAGCCAAUUCAGAGGGCUCGGCGAGAUUGGCUCUCGCGAGGAGAAAAAAGCAGCGGAGCUGAUGCUCCACGAUGUGGCUCGCCUGCGAGAGGCGCAGAGCCUUAUCGAAUCACGAUGCGCGCAGACAUACUUCAACGGCCAGUCGCGAUGGGAAGCGUUUUGGCGGACGUGCCUCGGCAACAAAUCGCUCGCGUCCUACCCUGCAGACCCAGCGCAUGGCAACUACCUGAAGGCAUUCAUGGACAGCAACGAACGACAUUGGAAGGCCAUUUUGGAGGGACCAGGUGCUGCUUCUAAUCCGGAGCUCCUUGCCGCACUCCAAAUCCCCGCGAUGCAGAGCGCGAAAAAUCCCGGGGUGUCGGCCGAGGACACGAUCAAUACCUUGGAGAAACUCCUGCAAAUCCCCGAAGAAGUAGGCACCAUCCGCGACUAUGUCACUCCGGAGCUUCUCAACGAUCGUGAAAAACUGUUCUGCGAACUUGCAGCCGUCACCAAUCUGCCCUACUGGGCACGCAACGAGCUCCACAACGCUCUUUUCAGGAGCGGCGGGGGCGGGACGGGCAGCAGUACACAAGCCCUCGAGCUCACAAAGGCAAUGGAGGAGCUGUACGUACGAGCAUUCGACUUCAGAAACAUCGAGGACAGCACGUUGAAACGUGUUGUGCUUAUGUACGCGUUCAUGCUGGACGGGUUCUUGGAGGGCGGCGAACACAUAGCCAUGUCAGACGACCAGGUCCAAGCCUUCCACAAGGCAUUGGAAGGCGACAAGUCAGCGUUGGUUGCAAUCAACGAGAAACGGAUAGGGUUGCUGCUCGGGAGUACGGUGUUGCGACGGCAGUUUGCCGUCACGAGGAGGGGAUUCAUGACGCUGGUCCCGCCGGACUCAGCGGCGGGCGACCUGGUGUGCAUUUUCCAAGGAGCCAAAGUGCCACAUGUCCUCCGCAAGGCUGCGAAUGGCAAGUAUUGGCUAGUUGGAGAAGGUUAUCUGCACGGGUUUAUGGACGGAGAGGCAUUCUGGGACGGGCGGUGGAGAGCGGAGCAGAUCACUUUGGUCUAG